AUGGCAGCUUCUGAAGCCAUAGCCCAGGACGGAGCCCUCCGUACAACAUGGCUGCCUACACUGACCAAAUCGCACUCUCUUCCGCCCAACUUCCGGAAGUUUCCAUUUGAAACGGAGGCGGCAGACGGAGGAAGUGCUGUGGCAGUUACUCCGGAGAGAUUUUUGGACGAGAUCGAGGAGGACUGCAGGCGGGAGCAGCAAGUUUCAGGGGUCCAGCCUUGCCGCCUCGUUACGAUGACCAGCGUGGUUAAGACAGUGUAUACUCUGCAGCCCCCGUCUACGCAGAGCGGCAGCCUGCCCACAGACAGACAAUCUCGAGCUUCUAAAAGUUUCUUACCUGUUAAAUCUAAAGAAGUAGACAUGUCCAAAAAUUUUCAUGCAAGCAGUUCAGAGACCGAUAUUACAAAAGCCAUCAAACUGAGACGAGAAAAUGGGCAGAUGAAAGCUACAGACACUGCCAUGAAAAAGAACACCAGAAAGAACUACAAACCACUGAGUAAGCAGAAAUCAGAGGAAGAGUUCAAGGAUAAGAACCAGCUCUUAGAGGCCGUCAAUAAGCAAUUGCACGUAAAGUUGACUGAAACCCAGGGAGAAUUGAAAGACCUGACUCAGAAGGUAAAGCUGCUGGAGAAGUUUCAGGACAACUGUUUGGCAAUUUUGGAGAGCAAGGGCAUAAACCCAGUUUUAGGAAAUGAGUCCCUCGCAGCACAAGAACCCACUGCAGAUCACAUGGAGUCUAUGUUGCUGUUAGAAACUUUACAAGAUGAGCUGAAGCUUUUUAAUGAAACCGCCAAAAAGCAGAUGAAAGAGUUACAGGCCUUAAAGGUAAAGUUGAAGACGAAAGAAGAAGAAAGGAUCCGGUUCCUAGAACAGCAAAGCAUAUGUAACAAUCAAGUAAAUGAUUUUACAACUGCCCUUGAAGAAAUGGAGCAGCUAUUAGAAAUGUGA